UUUGCUGGCCAAGCCGCAGGGACUUGACGUGCAUGACGCGCAGGAUGGGCUUUUCGUUCUCCGUCCAGCUCCCAAAAGGCCCAUCGCCCGACUCGUCAUGGCCUCACCGACACACACACAACCCGCACUCCUCCACCCGCAACCACAACCACAACCACGCCCGUUGUCCAACCCUGUUCGCAGCCCUCAAUCAGCCUCUCAAUGCCCUUUCUGGCUGCCAGAGGCCCACGCUAAAAAUCUGUCUCUCACGAUCGCCUCUGCAGUGCGUGCAUCUUGCCCCGCUCGCACUUCACAGACCCGACCACCCUCGCCCCCAUUUUAGCGCUAAAGGGCGUCGUUAUUAUCACGUCCUUUUGAUCGCCCCUGUGUCGCAAUCUUGUCUUCAUCUCCUCUUCGUGAGGUUCGACGCUCGCCUCCGGAGUGAUUUGGUCUUUCUUUUUUUCAUUAAAAUCGCAAAGAUGACUCGCCAGAUCAUUUAUGGCGGUGCCUUUGUGCUUACUGUGGCCUGCACGGCCAUGACGAUAGCGAGCAUAGUGGUGCCCAGUUGGAUCCGAUGGGACAACGGCACGCCGUCGUCACCGACUGUUUCCUACGGCCUACACAAACGAUGCUCGUCCGUAACCGGCAUCUGCGAGACGUUCCCACAGGAUUCUGACUGUAGCCGAGAUUCGGGCUUCUGUUCGAUGUGGCGCAGCGUUGGUUUCCUCAUGUCCUUCGCUGUCCUAAUCGAGCUUGCCACCCUCGUUGGCUAUAUCAUCAUCGUGCUGGGCGGCAAGCAGACCCGUGACUACGGAUGGAAGAUCAUCUGCACCCUUCUCGCCUUCGUCACCGUCGUGCAAUGUGCUGGAAUGGCCAUUGUCGCCUACCUCUACGACAACGAUCCUCGAUUCAUCAUGGGCUGGAGACUUGACGUUUCCUGGAUCCUUUGCACCAUCAGCUGGUGUCUGGCCCUACUUACCGCCUUAGGCAUAAGUGCUGCGAGCUACGUCCUUCCUGAAGAAGGCGGAUAUGAGAUAAUUCCUGACGAACAGCCGCAUCUCCAAGAAGAGCGGCAUUUUGGACGCGCGGGCAUCACGUCGUGGCUAGGUGGCCAUGAGGAUGGCUAUGCUGAGGAUUUUGACGAGGACGGGUACCACACGAGCUUGGGCAGGAGCUCAAGUUACAGCAAGAGCUCUACGUUAGGGAAGAGUUUAUGAGGUUUCGGAGCAGCAAGAAACGGUCCUGAUAUUUGGUGGUGGCGUUAACCAUACACACUGUCUUGGGCGCCAUGGCCAAUGUUGGCUUGUAACCAUUUCCUUUAUUCUCCCUUUUCCCCCCCUCUCCAUUUGGGGGUCUACAUUGGCUGGGCGUUUUGUUCGCGUUAUGAUAUCCCCCGUCGCCCAAGCUGGCGCUGUCUUCCAUUCCGCACAGCAUGGUUUCCAGGGUUCUUCAAGGCAUCUAAGUAAUAAUCCGUGGUCACACAGUUCUCGGGACUUUCUAGACGCAUUUAUAACGUCUUAGCAUAUGAGUCUGCAAUUGCAUGAGCCUUCGGCAAAGUUUUUGACGACCAUUGAAUCUUCGACACAUCGUCCUGCGCGAUUCC